AUGGCUGACUUCACCAUGCUGGGUGCCAACAACUUCCGCCCGUUCACCCAAGAAUCUUUAGCGGCCAUUGAGAAACGCAUCGCGGCCAAGAAGGAAUGCAAAGACCCGCCCCCUGAAGACAAGCCCCGCCCCCAGCUCGAUAUUCAGGCAUUCCAGAAGCUGCCCGCCCUCUAUGGAAACCCUCCCUCAGAGCUCAUUGGAGAGCCCCUUGAGGAUCUGGAUCCUUACUACGAUGAUCACAAGACGUUUUUGGUGUUGAACAAAGGGAAGACCAUCUUCCGGUUUACAGCCACACGUGCUUUGUACAUCUUCAGCCCUUUUCAUUCGCUCAGACGGAAGGUGAUCAAACUUCUGGUACAUCCAUUGUUUACCUGGUUCAUCAUGAUCACCAUUUUCACGAACUGUGUCUUCAUGGCUCUCUCGGAAACGCCAGAAUCAACCGAAGAAACCAGGUGGUCUAAAAAUGUGGAGUACACUUUCACGGGCAUUUACACUUUCGAAUCGAUCAUCAAAAUAUUGGCAAGAGGCUUCUGCCUGAAUGAGUUUACCUUCCUCCGCGACCCGUGGAACUGGCUGGAUUUCACCGUUAUCGUGAUGGCGUUUGUGGGCGAGUUUGCGAACCUAGGCAGUGUCUCUGUUCUUCGGAUGUUCCGGGUGCUGAGAGCUUUAAAAACAAUUUCCAUUAUCCCAGGCCUGAAGGUCAUCGUCGGUGCUCUUAUCCAGUCAGUCAAGAAACUUGCAGACGUGAUGAUCCUGACGGUUUUCUGUCUGAGCGUCUUUGCCCUCAUCGGCCUUCAGCUCUUCAAGGGACACCUGAGACACAAAUGCGUCCGGAACUACACCGAGUAUCUCCUUCAAAACAAUAUAACGGACCUUCCCAGUGACAGCGACGUUGUAAGAGAACGGAAUUUGACUUCGUAUGAGGUCUUCAUCAAGCAAGAAGCGAAUUACAAAAUCAAAAACCACACCACUGACUUUUUAUUGUGCCACAAUGGGACGGACAGUGGCUCCUGUCCGGAUAAAUACGUAUGCCUGAAGACUGGAGAGAAUCCCGACGAAGGCUUCACGAGUUUUGAUGCAUUUGGCUGGGCCUUUCUCUCGCUGUUCCGCCUCAUGACACAGGAUUACUGGGAACGCCUCUAUCAACAGACUCUCAGAGCUGCUGGGAAGAUCUACAUGCUGUUCUUUGUGCUUGUCAUCUUCCUGGGAUCCUUUUAUCUGGUCAACUUGAUCCUAGCGGUGGUCACGAUGGCCUACGAGGAGCAGAGCAAGGCCACUAUUGCCGAAACGGAGGCGAAAGAGAGGAAAUUCCGGGAAGCCAUGGAGCUGCUGAAGAGAGAGCAUGAGGAGUUAACCGCUAAAGAAGAGGACAGCAUAUCUCAUAGUUCAUUGGAAGCAUCGCCUGUAGCAUCCAAGGAGGUUAAAGAAAGAAGCAACAGAAUAAAGAAAAAGUUGUCUCUAGGGAUGGAGGAUUAUGGAGAAGAUCUAAAAAUCCCUAAGUCGCAGUCUAUUGAAAGCCAUCGCAAAUCGGCUCUCUUUAGCCACAAUUACGGUCCCAGUUCGAACCCGAUGAAGCGCCGUCCCAGUCAUGGAAGUGUGUUCAGCUUCCACAUCUCCGGACGGGAGGUUGGCUCAAGGCCUGACGGAGGGGAGGAUGAAUCUAGCAGUGCGGGAGAGUCCGAGAUCCAGCGCGGUUCGUUGCUGGCUGCCCGGAUGGGAAGGCGGUCCAGCAUCCAGAGUCAAGUCAGCUACGGCCCUCAUCCUGCGACGCCAAACUACAUGCAGCCUGGCAGGUGGGCCCCGGGAGACGAUUGCAACGGGAUGGUCUCCUCAAUGGGAGGCGGCGGCACGAGGUCGUUUAGCACGGACCCCAUUGCCGGUGAAGGGAUGUUGCUUCCUCCAGGGAGGGGAAGCCAUCGCAGAGGUGAUCUG